GAAAUGUUUCUGUUCUGAUGCAGGCUGAAGGAUUAAAAAAAUGAGCCUGCGAAAGCAAACACCAAGUGAUUUUCUAAAACAGAUCAUCGGGAGACCAGUGGUAGUCAAACUGAACUCGGGCGUGGAUUAUCGAGGUGUUUUGGCCUGUCUGGAUGGUUAUAUGAAUAUAGCAUUGGAACAAACAGAAGAAUAUGUAAAUGGUCAACUUAAGAACAAGUAUGGAGAUGCAUUUAUUCGAGGCAACAAUGAUACUGCCAGACCUACUGAACUUUUCCAGCAGUUUCUGUAACUCAGCCAGAAAAUCUUGCAGCACAGGGAGGCUAUUUCACUGGUGUCUUUGCUGGUUCUUUGAUCAAGCAAUCAAAUUAAACCUGGUCCCUUGCCCUUCCCUCAUAGACCUGUAUUUUUAAACUUUUUCAAGUGCAUAUUUAGUUCUACUUUGAAAGAUAUGUUUCUAUUCUGAAUUUUGAAUUAGAUAUUAAGUUUUAAAAUGGGCCAAUUUUUUUUCUUAAUCUUUGUGUUUAUAUAUAUAACCCUUUUUGUCCAGGAUUGACAGUGCACUAGUGCCACAUAUUUGUUUAACGUAUUUGAACUGUGGACUUUUUGCCACUUCCCAUUCUGUGUUAUAAAUUUAGUCAGACCACUGAACAGAGACAUGUUGCUUGCCUGAGGGGAGUGGACACCUGGUGUCCUUACUGUCGACUUUCCUUGCUCACCACCUACUGGUGCAAAGUUUUGGAGUGAGGACCCACAACCUUUUGUGCAUAAUAAAUGGUGCGUUGGGAGUUUGAUUACUUUCUCCAUUAAACUAUGAAUAAUGAUAAAUAAGGAGAACUGGUAUUGCAGAGCUAGUAAUUAGAGUUUUAGAAAAAAGUUAAAUUUGAUAUCUUCCUGAUUUUGCGUGGAAAAGUUCUUUACGCAGAGGGUAAUGGGUGCCUGGAACGCGUUGCCAGCGGAGGUGGUAGACACAGACACAUUAGCUUCUUUUAAGAUAUAUUUGGACAGGUACAUGGAUGGGCAGGGAUCAAAUGGACACAGACCGUUAGAAAAUAGAUGACAGGUUAGACAGAGGAUUUUAAUGGGGCAGGCUUGGAGGGCCGAAGGGCAUGUUCCUGUGCUGUAGGUUUCUUUGUUUCUAUACGUCUGCUGUUUUCUCUUGGGCUUUUUAAAACUGCUAGUCACAUUUUGAGGUGAUGAGUGCUAUUGAGUUUCACGGGUUCUGCUUUGAGUUUCACUUUUUUGUAACUUUUUUGCAAUGUAGGAAGUACUUACAUGAUUAUCGCAUGUAAUGCUGUUGUUUCAUUCCUGUUUAACAAUGUUAGACAACUCUGACCAGAACGUAAUGAAUUAACUUGCCCAGGUGUCCCACAAUCCCAAAGUGGUCAAAUCAGUGUGAACCCAAUCCGAUACCAAUGCACAACGGUCCGAACUUUGUUUGGAACAAAGUUGCAGUAAUCUUUAAUACUAAACAUGUUAUCUCAAAUCCUAUUUGGCUCCCUAAAGUUACAAUACUUCCUGAGUCUUGUAUAUUUUCGCAGUCGUGUUCCCUCUCUCUGGCUCUGCCUCUGGGUCUGCGGAGCUGCUUUCUUCCUCUGGAUGGUCAGCUGGUCUCAGCCUGUUGCCAUGCUGGUCUCCUUAGAUACUUCAAACUGGGUCCCAAGAGUGAGGUCUGCAGGUGAACCUUCUUUCUUUCUUAUACCUUUUUAAAUGGUUUUCUAGAACUUUCUCUAGUUCUGGCCAGUCAGGGAAGUACAGUUAAUAGUUUGAAACAGAGUCAGUCUUUUGGAUGGCAUGCUUCUAUUUGUUUCUUUUAUGUGGCAGGGCCCUCCUUUGUUUAGUGGAAACAUUGGGAUAUGUCUGUACAGGGCAACCGCUGCCUUUUACAUAAUACUAAUGUACUUAGCACCUGGCUGCUGUGUUGUACUGUGUUUGGUGUGUGACUUUUGUAAUUUCAGCAUGUUACUUGGCUAAUGUAAGUUGCUCCCAGUCUUUUGCUGUUUGGCCUGGUGAGCAAUCUAUCAGCAUUGUAGCUGGCUGCUAAAAUACGGAAAUAAAUUGGCUUACUUUUCAUAGGUCACACACUACUGUUACUAUGCUGAGUUUUGAAUCUUCACCUUUUGAGAUGUUAGCUUCAACAAUACAUAAGAAAAUGCAAAUAGCGGCUACGUUAUUAUUUGUAAAUUAUAUUUUUCUUCAAGUACAUCAAGCUAUGAGCGAUGUGUUUGCAAUGCCACUAAAGUAGAGAAAAGUUAAUACUUUCAUAUUGGGUGAAGAUCAUGAGAACAUACUAAAUGUCACUUAAGCUGCUGGUACACUUGAUACUUCAGUUAACAUAGUUUAUGGAGGGACAUCAGAUUUGCAAUGUAAAUGCUUUGUAGUACAGAACUUAAACAUUGCUGAAGAAAGUUAGAAGUAGUAACUUUCUGUCUUGCACUCAUCAGAACUCAGGCAAGAAAUGUUUCCUUUUCAAAGGUGCAGUGUAAAUUCCUUUUGCGUAUGUAAGACUGGGUUCUAAAUAUUUAUGUAUGGAGCUUCUAGCACACGCAAAUGGAUCAUAUGAACCUAGCUGAUGAUUUUAAAUUGGCUUCUAGUCUGUCUCUUGGCACAGCGCAGGUUAUUUAUAAAUGAUGUCCAGUAACAGAAUCACAACUAAUGGUGGAUAUUUUCUGAGGUUUCAAGCUCAUGUUUGAGGUUUAGCAGCAUGCUGCCUAUUGUGAAGGUUAAUGGGACAUGUUUGCAGUCUUCUAGUCAUUGGGUGUGCCUGGAAUCACACUGGCAUUGAAACCCCUAUCAUACUACUGUUUUGUGUGGUAUGCAAGACAUUGGCUUGAUGACAGCAUCCCUGUUAGUGGAGAACGUCACUCAAAUUUACUGUAUACUUGUAGUGUGAGACGGCUAGCUUCACCUGUCCAAAUUUUUUGGUAGUGCUCACAAUUUCGUCAUCCAAUCUGAUACCAAUUUAAGCAUCCUACCCAGUUUACAGCAUAAGAAUGGUUAUUUCAGCUCUUGUAACCUUUAUACCCACCUAAGCCUGCUUGAUACUUAAACUCAUCUACUUUCCAUCUUGUUGCUAUCCUAUAUUGCAGUUAUAAACAGGGUAAUAAAUACCAUGAAAAUUGAAAUUAAAAGACCCGAUGACUUAUAACUGGAAAUCUGCUGGUUCUGAUUGUUUGUUAGUUUGCUAUGGUAUCCCACUGGCAUCAGUAACAGGACCUCAGCCAUUCUCCAUGUUUAAUAUAAUGAAUGAAGAAAUCAAGGACCAUACAUCUUGUUUACUGUGCCAUCUAACAAAUGUCAAUAAUGUCGUUAGGAGCAGAAAGUUGUAAAUAGACAUUGACAAAUGAGCAGGCAGAAUUGAUAAUAUGAAGUUUCACUGUGGGGAAAAUGUGAGGUAAUUCUGCUUCCUGUUAUUUUAUAAUUUUAAAUGGAAAAAAGGAUUUUAAAAAAAUGGAAUCAGAGAUAAUGGGAACUGCAGAUGCUGGAGAAUCCAAGAUAACAAAGU